UAACAAUUCAAACCCGGACGAGAAAUACUUGUAUUUAAAGCUUUACAUGGCGUCACUGAUGCAUUUUAAAUUAAAUCACGAAGAAAAUGUAAUAAAGUUGUGUUUGCACGUUUUGGAUUUCAGCCAAUCAGAGGAGAGAGUGACGGCGAGGUUAUAAAUAAGAGGUUCGACCCGCGCGAGGAAUACAACGUCGAUGGUUGUGAUAGACGUAAUGCUCUUAACUACACGCUCCACUUUUUUAUCACUUUAAUCACAGUUUCAGAAGAUCUCAAAACAACUUUAGCAGGAUACACCUGUAAAAAACACUUCCUUCCUCUGAUAUACUCGGGAUGAGAAUAAUGUCAGUCGGCGAUAAAUAUACCAGUUCAGGAUUUCUGUGUUCUGGGAAGAAAUCCUCAUUUCAGCACUUAAAACCUCUAUCUGUGUACUCGCACAUUGUGUGCCGUGAGCAGUACGGUGCCAGCAGCCCCCUGCGCAAUAUACAGAUACAGAUUCCCAACAAAACUGCUGGUAAGAGACGACUGGACGAUUCGUGUCUGGAUGAGACGUGCGAGACCCCCCUCAAAAAGCCCCGCUUGUACGAAUCGUGCUCUCCAGACCAGGGCUGUGUUGUAGACUCUUUGGACUUUCAGACAGGAGUUUAUGGAUCUACAUCGACACAGACGAAGGAUGUCACGCCGCCGUGUCCUCCCAUGGCCCCCUUCAUGUCCACCCCUGUGUCCCAAUGCACAGGGAACAGAUUUGUGCACAUACGGGAGGGCCUCCCCUCGCCCAUACCCGUUCUGAACUGGGACAGAGGUAUACCGUCCAUACCGCUCCGCGCACCCCUGAACGUAGAUUCUUGCAAUUCCAUCAAUGUUUCAUUUACCGGCCGUCAGGGAGAUGGGAAAGGCGAGGUGAGGGAGGUCUCACAUGUUCGGAUUCCAUUUCGUGAAUCAAAAUGUUGCGACGUGAACCCAGAGAGGGUGGCCGCUGAACCUGCUGUUGAAGUGAAUGAGGAAGGAGGGUCAGAGAGUCAGCUCACGGAGUCGAAGCUUGACGUCUCCUCUCAGAACGAAGAAAGCUUUGAAAGCUCACUACCCCUUCAGGUUCAGGUGAAAUCAAAAGUGGUGGUCCCACAGACAACAAAGACUGUCUGCCAGUCAGCAGCGACUCAGUCAGAGAGGAAACCCGAAUGCGAUAUCUACCGAAGAGAUCGCUACCCUGUACAGAGGUCUGCGCCGUAUUGUGGUGAAGACUGGAAGAGAGCUAAAAAAGCCUACGUGGAGUCUGUCAUGAGACAUAUGGAAACAAACGGAGCAAGAGAUGGUGUGAUGACAGAACUCCAUCAUCUGAUGAAUACAGUCGCCGGUCAGCGUCAUGGUCAGCGGUCAGGACAUGAUGGAGGUCACUGGCAGCACCCAUCAGAUCUCACGCGGAGAAACUAUCGUGUCAGAGGUCCUUUGCUGUCUCUCAGUGAGUGGCAGAAGAGGAAUCAUCUCGGUUUCAGACGCUUCGCUAAAGUGCCCGACAUUUUCCACAGGAGCCCGGUGCUAUGAUAUAGAUUUUAUUUUCACUUUUGUAUUAAUAUAUCUGUUGUCUGUUUUUGAAACUUAUAUCUUAAACCUUUAUAAUCGUUGAUAAAAAUGUGUCCGUCUUACAUACUGAACAGAAUAUACUGCUGGUUAGUGUUGUGCACUGAGAUGUGUUUUUGUGUGUUUGUGUGUAUGUGUUUGUAAGUUCACAGAGUGUGGUGUUUUGCUACUUAUUUUAACAUGCAAAUAGAUUUGAUGUGUGGUUUUUGCAUGAUCUUUAUUUUUGGUUUAGUCCCACAGCUAACCAGCACUGAAUCCACCACAACUCCGCUCUUAAUAGCUACACAACAUGUUUAGUUUCAGUAUCUAUCCAAAUGUUUAAAGUUUUUCCUUUUCAUUAAGAAUAUUUGAUAGGCUUCAUUUUCUAAUUCCUUAGUAUUUUGGAAUUAGGUUUGGGUCAUUCGUUACAUUUUUAAGCUAGUUUUAUAACCUUACAUUAUUAACUGUAAAAUAAACAAUUUGACAUUU